GUGUGUGUAUCUGUGCAUGCGCAUGCACAUGUGCGUGCAUUUGUGCAAGUGUCACAACAUAUAAAUAGCAAUCCCCAUUUCUGCCUUCACUACAACCAGGUCAGCUCUACUGAAACAACAAAGCAAGCAAGAACAACACUUUCAAGGGAAAACUCAUUGUUCUAACAGUUGAUCUCAAAUCUAAGAAAUGUCCUCAGAAACCAUACGGAAUCGGACUGAAUGGAAAGCCAGAAAACCGAAAUCAGUGACACAACUGAAGGUCCCUGCUGAGUAUCUCAUUGUCCAUCAUUCAGCUACUGGUAGCUGCUUCACAACUGAGGAUUGUGACAAGUUAGUGCAGAGUAUCCAGACCAAUCACAUGGAUAACAGAGACUUUGUGAAUAUUGGUUACAACUUCCUGAUUGGUGGAAACGGUGCUGUCUAUGAAGGCCGUGGCUGGUCAGUAGAGGGUGCUCAUGCUAAAGGCUACAAUUCUAAAUCAAUUGCUUUGAAAAAAUAACUGCUAAAAUCGAACUGCACUCUUCAAAAUUUGCACUAAGAAUAUGCACAAGGUAAAAUUACUACCUGCUUUUAUAGCAAGCUGAUGCAGGUAAUUUAUCCCAUCCCCCUCCUAC